AUGUCCGUGAGCGCGAACACCAUGAUCUUCAUGAUUCUGGGGGCGUCGGUCGUGAUGGCCAUCGCUUGCUUGAUGGACAUGAACGCGCUGCUGGACCGGUUCCACAACUACAUUCUCCCGCACCUGCGGGGCGAGGACCGCGUCUGCCACUGCAACUGUGGCCGGCACCACGUGCACUACGUGAUACCCUACGACGGCGACCAGUCGGUGGUGGACGCGUCCGAGAACUACUUCGUGACAGACAACGUGACCAAGCAGGAGAUCGACCUCAUGUUGGGGCUGCUGCUGGGCUUCUGCGUCAGCUGGUUCCUGGUGUGGCUGGACAGCGUGCUGCACUGCGCCGUGCGCACCUGGAGGGCCGGCCGGCGCUACGAUGGCUCCUGGACCUGGCUGCCCAAGCUGUGCAGCCUGAGGGAGCUGGGCCGGCGGCCGCACCGACCCUUCGAGGAGGCGGCCGGGAACAUGGUGCACGUGAAGCAGAAGCUGUACCACAACGGCCACCCCAGCCCGCGGCACCUGUGAGCUGCACCCAGGACUCUCGGGGCCACGGGGCCGCCGGCCAACGGAGGCAUCACAGGGACCUUGCGGCUGCCCAGGU